CCCUCCCACCCACCGCACCACUACCAAAUUCCCAAUUUGUGAAAAACCCUUCGAUAAUUUCUGAGUACUUCAAAUUUCAAAUUCAAAAGUCAAAACCCUUUUUUUUUUUUUUUUUUUUUUUACUUCCAGCUCAGAAUCGGAAGCAGGGGAAGAAAUCAAAUUGAAGAAAAUUGGGAGAAAAGAAGAGGAAUUGACAAUGGAAAUCGGCGGCGGGAGUGUUGGUACAAGCGAAGUUAUUCCAGAAAGAGUAAUGGAGGCGGUGAAGAGAACAUGUAGCAACAUCGAUGAAGUGGAGGCGAAUUUGGAAGAGUUUUUGUCUUACUGUAACAACGAAACCCUAUCGAAAAUGGAGCCUCUCGAAAGGGCUCAAGCUCUCGUCUUGAUCGCCAAAUCUACAACUAUUCUCUUCGCUUUGAGGCUGAGAUGCAAGGGUGUGAAUAUAGAUGAUCAUCCGGUUACAAAAGAAUUUGAGAGAUUGAGCUUGUACCAAGAGAAAUUGAAUCAGUGCAUGAACUUGAGCAAAGCACCUCUGCGACCUUCAGCCACCAUUAAUACCAAUGCAGCGGCCCGUUUUAUUGAGCAUUCCCUGCCUGAUCUUUCCACCGAGCAGAAGCAGAGCAUGCGGGCAAUUAGUCGAGGGGAGGGUGGAAAUAUGAAGUAUGUGGACAGAAAUGGUCAAAAGAAGAGAAAGUAUCAGUCAACUGAGAAGCAAUCUGUUCGUUCUGCUGCUCAGGAGUUUCUUGAGAAAGCAGCUCGUGAGUUACUCGGUGAUAAUAAAAAUGGUGUUAAAGGACCUUUACAACAUCAACACGAGGAUUCAGAUGAUGAUGUCAUUGUUCUGGACUAAUCCUCUGGUUUGCAUGGAUCAUUUGUAUGUGAUAUUAACUGUUGUGGCUUCCUUCACAUUAUCCAUCCAGCAAAAACGGUGACAACCUCAAUUUUGUGUUAGAAUACUCGGUUUUAAGUGGUCAAGUAAUUUAUUAAGCUAUGGACCGAUUUUUGAUUGUUUUCUUUCCUUUUCCUUUUCCUUUUCGUUUUUUUUUUUUUUUUCUUUUUUUUAUCAUGCAGCCUGCUUUUCUUAGGUGUUGUUUGUAAUUUUGAUGUAGGAUAUGUUUCCUUAACUGCUGUUGUUAUCCAGUUCUAUUAUGGUUUUAAAGCUUUGAAAUGCCUGCUUUUUUUUUUUUU